UCCCUCUCUUCUCCUCCAGUACUUGAAGGACUGCAACGCGGUGUGGGUUGUUGCCAGCAUCACUCGGGCCGUGGAUGACAAAACCGCGAGGGAGAUGCUGAGCGCCAACCUGCGGAGGCAGCUGCUCAUGGACGGGCGGUACGGGAGCCUGGCUUUUGUGUGCACCAAGACGGACAGCUUCAACAUCACGGAUUUGGUCAGGGACCUUCAAUUACAAGAUGAGAUUCAGGCCAUAGAAGAUGAACUGGCGGAACUGGAAAAUCAGAAAAUGCAAGCUGAAGUGGAGAAGAGAAGCCUUUAUGAGCAGCUGCAACAAGAGCAGCAGAGACGCGGAAGCGAGGCGGCAGAUCCAGCCUGGCUGCGGAGGCAACAUGAAGUUUUGGAGAAGGAGUUCAGGAUCAGUGCCUUGCAGAGAGAGAAGGACGCGAAGCUUCGUGCCAUCAGUCUGAUCUGCGUUCAGGCCCGGAAUAAGUUUUCCAAGCGACAAAUAGCGAUGGAUUUCAGCGCCGGUCUGGAGGCAAUGAUGAGGGAAGCAGCGUAUCCUGAUUAUGAAGAGGAUGACGAUGAAGACUUGGAAGAUGGAGAGUUCGCCAGUUCAGAGUCCCGUAACCCUAGGGAAUCCCAGGACAGGAAGCUUCAGGUUUUCACAGUCAGCUCUACGGAGUAUCUCAAACUUUGUGGGAAGCUGCUCCGAGAUGGCCAGCCUCAAGUCUUCCAUGACGUCAAGGACACAGAAAUACCGGCUUUGAAGAAGUUUGCCAUUGACACGGCCUUGAAGCACAGCAUGGUAGCGACGCAAAAGGUUAUCAGGGACUUGGCACGGGUUCUAAGCCAAAUGGUGAAUUAUCUAACCAGCCAGAGAGCAGAGGACAACUCUCACCGGGCCCAAGUCCAGAAGAUCAUCCAGCGGUCCUUGCAGGACCUUCCCGGCCUCCUCCAGGAGGCGAUAGACGGCAGCCUCCGCGACAUCCAGGGCUACUUCGACGGCCUCAUCCUUGCCAGCCUGCGGAAGGGCACCGCUAAGGCCAAGGAGCUCAGCGAGGCCAUAGUCCGAAGCUGGGGCUCUCCGGUUUAUGGCGGCUGUGUAUACCCCACAUACCGUGCAGCGUGCAAUCGCCAUGGUGUCUACACCUCCACCUCUUCAAAUACCCCAUGUGUGGAUUUCAACAGCAACCUUGCAGAACCAAUAUAUAAGGCCCUCUCUAUGCCCUGGCACGAGGUCUUCAGCUCUAAGUUGAUCGUCUCCCUUGAUGGCUUCGCUAAAGCUGUCUUGGCUAGGCUGAAAUCCUUCUUCAGAGAUCUCAAGAGGAAACUAAGCCAGGACAGAAGACUGGAAGAGGCGAUACGUGCGAUUGGUGGCCAGCAGAUGGAAGCGGCUGGAGCAAGGUUACUUAACUUUACCCUGGAUCUGAAUUUCAACAUCGAGCUAAAGCAUCGAAUGAUCUCCCGUGUCUUGACGCCAGCGAUCCAGGCGCGCAUGGAACCAGCAUACACCGCUUGCACCCAGAUGUCCGGCCCUGGCUGUUUCCGAAGGAUGAAAGAGAGGAUGGAGGCCUUCAUCCACAACGAGAAGGACACCGUCUUCGAUGCUGCUGCAGAGAAGCUGCAGGAGGAACUUGAUCUGCUGCAGCAAUACAUCCGAGCGAGCUUCCAGAGCUUGGUUCAGGAGCUGAAUAAAUCCCUGAAGAUGCAGUUUGAGCCAAUGCUGAUGUCCGUUCAGAGGAAUGCAAAGAUCAUUCCAGAAUUAAUGGACAUCUGUGCCAAAGUGGACAAGCUCUGUAAGCGCUCUUGUGUGGACUACGUCCUUCCAAACCCCGCUCAGACCGAGGACUCGGCCCCCAGAGUGGAGCAGCAGCUGCAGCGCAGUCCAGAGCCCACAAGCUUCUCGGCAGCCUUCAUGGACAUCCGGCUUGGAGCAGUCGCUCUUCCCCACAUCCAGCAGCCCAAGCACAGUGCUGGGAGCCCGGAGCUGCCGCCAAGGGCUUCUGCUCCCCCACCUCUCCACGGGGCCAUCGCUGUCCUGCAGCCGCCCCAAUUCCCUCCGCUGAGCUUGCGUCCGUACGGCCAAAAGAGAGCAGCAGAAGCCGUUGAGCCGCAGCUGCAGAAGAAGUGCAAGGGCCCAGCACCCGGGGCAGGAUGUGACCCUGCUGGCUCUGCUCUGCUGUGGGGGACCUCAGGAGCCAAGUCAGAGCUCCGUGCCCAGGGCUUCGCCGCGUCCCGUCCUCUGGCCACCGCAAGCCGAGCGCCUGCCCUGGAGGACGGCAAGCAGAAGGCACUCGGGCUUCCGGGGGCACCUCUGCAUUGCGUGGACAUGAAGCCUGACAUUGAACACGCCCUUCCUGGCUCUGCAGGUGUUCUCCGCGUCCGAGCCAAAGAGGGAAUUUGGGGGAAGUGUUCAAAUCUAAAUGCAGAGGAGGAGGAGGAGGAAGGGAAGAUGGAAAUUGGCCGAGAGACUCGCCCUGCGGAUUGCUCCUGGAUGAGCCACUGAGGCCUCCUGGCCUGGCCACCCCAUGUUGGGUCCUGUGUUCGUGUGGCCACAUCUCACGGCUGUGGAAGGAGGCAACCUCCCCUCUGUUGAAGGAACGUUCCAGACUGUGCGUUGGUGACCGAACCACAUUCUGUGGGAAGAACUUCGCUAUCCUGCGUGCCCCCAUUCCCUUUUAGAAGUGCCUGCAAAUGCCGCGAAGCACAUUUCCCUCCCCACAGCGGGAGGGUGGUUAGGCGGUGCUCUGCGCAUGAGGCCACAUCGCCUCUUAGCAAGUUUCUCCCCCUUUUAUUUAGAACGUCUAACGAUUCUGGGGCGAGGAAAGCUCGUGAUCUUGGACAGCCUGCCUCAAUACUGUUGUUGGGAGUGUAGCCAGUGCGGCAGUAGAAGUCCACAGCUCCAUCUGUGCCCCUGUGGGUCACUCAAAACCAGGUGGCGCGUCUGUCUCAAAACACUUGACUGAGUCCUGGGGCAGCAGAGUCUAGUGAGGCCGCCUGCCUUGGUGCUGUCCAUGUGCAAGAGCAGAGGCAAAAGAGUCCUCUGAGUUUGAUGAUCUGGGGAUCUCUUCUGAUGAAGGGCCUUCAAAACUGGAAGCGAUGCCUCAAUUCUCUGAGACGUUGCCAGCAGGCCAGGGAGUCUCUGUGCAGACUCCAGGCCCCGCUUGCUUCUCUGAAGUUUGUUUUUGGGAUUUAGCCCCUUAAAAUUGGACUGGAGUCCUGAUAUUAGGUGGCCCAGACAUAAGAGCGCUACGUAUUAUUGUGUAGCUUUUCAGUAAUCCAUUGUUUGCUCCAAUAUCUGUAGGAGUUUUGCUUUCCUUUAGCAUUUGGCUUCUAAAUAAACAUCCUUGCCUGCA